UUAUCUUUUCUUUGUUUCCCCCGCAAUCAUGUAACAGUGAUUCCAUCAUAAGAAUACAUAACUGUGGUGACACUGAGUCGAACGGUGCUUAAAUACCAACUUGUUAUUGAUCUUCUUAUCACGGUGGAAUUGCUUGACGCUCCAGAAUGGUUCCUAUACCUUGACUGAUGGCGAUUGGAAUAAUACACGGUACAAUGUCCUUUAUGUACCCAGGUUGCCUUUGUCAUUCUCAUACGUAAUGACGGAAGUGCAAGGCACAAUCAACGACGAAUUCCUUCGGCGCUUGAUUAUCUACUCGGCGCAGACUAUGGAAGGUCAGCGCCACUGUACAAGAGGCUGGUGCCAAGUGCUUUCGCAAGAAGACAAGACAAGGACAAGGACAAGUACAAGACUUCUGUAGUAUUGGCCUUUGACAUUAACAAGAUGUCUCCGGUGAAUCUGCUGCUGGACUUUAAGGCAGAAACGAAUUUGCACCAAAGUCAUGGGUUACAACGACAAAGUCAAAGCCAAAUCGUUGGACGACUCCGCCUCCUCGCAGUCAUCAGGAGAGCUUGAAUUACCUGGCGCUAUGCCCAUGGGACCGCGAUCAGUAUCGAGGCAUUCAAUGACUUUCGAAGACAUUGGUUUCCUUCAAUCUUUCAAGAAAAAUCAUCCUAGACGCAUGAACUGGGAAUUAUGUCUCAAAGCUGGUCAUCGAGGCAAUUUCCUUAUGCGCCACUGUCAUGGGAAAAGGCCAAAAAGCAUCGGAGGCCAUCAAAAACUCUUUCCGCGAUUUUCCAGCAUGAUAUCAGCGUACUCAAAAAUAAUAAAAAAUUAAAAAAAAAUUACAUCGAG